GCUAGCUGGCUAGCUAGCCAGAGCACCACCAGGCGGAAUAAAAGUUCUGUAUAGCUGUUGAUCCAGCGCAAAAAUGAUUUCCCUAACGGAUUCACAAAAAAUUGGCAUGGGCCUGACAGGCUUUGGAGUGUUUUUCCUGUUCUUUGGAAUGAUCCUGUUCUUUGACAAGGCACUCCUUGCUAUAGGAAAUAUCCUGUUUGUAGCAGGCAUUUCCUUUGUCAUCGGGCUGGAAAGGACCUUCAGGUUCUUCUUCCAGAAACAUAAGAUGAAGGCAACAAGCUUCUUCCUUGGCGGUGUGUUUGUGGUGCUGAUUGGCUGGCCAGUUGUGGGGAUGAUCCUGGAGAUUUAUGGAUUCUUCCUCUUAUUCAGGGGCUUCUUCCCAGUGGUCGUGGGCUUCAUCAGGAGGAUUCCUAUCCUGGGGUCCCUGUUAAAUCUCCCAGGAAUCAGUGGGCCUUCCUAAGGCUGAGAGGACCAUCUGCAGUCAUGUUCGUGGAUAAAAUUGGAGAGAGCAACAACAUGGUAUAAUGGCAACAAGUUUUGAGAAGAUGACUCCGUUAAGUUUUUGUAACGGUUUCCCAAAGCAACUUUAUCAUACCCCCCCCCCCC